UUCAACCUUUCCUUCGUUCGCUUUUCUGGUUAUAACUUUUUGUUUAGCUGCUACCUGAUAUUUAUAAAAAUGGUGCGAAUGAGUGUUUUAAAUGAUGCCUUGAAAUCGAUUUACAACGCGGAAAAACGUGGGAAACGUCAGGUGUUGAUUAGACCAUCUUCUAAAGUAAUUAUUAAAUUUUUGCAAGUAAUGAUGAAGCAUGGUUAUAUUGGAGAAUUUGAAGUUAUUGAUGACCACCGGGCUGGUAAAAUCGUUGUAGAGCUAAAUGGGCAUCUUAACAAGUGCGGCUGUAUUUCUCCUCGCUUUGACGUUCGUAAUGAAGAGAUAGAAAAGUGGGCUAAUAACCUGUUACCUUCUCGUCAAUUUGGUUAUUUUGUAUUGACCACUUCCUCUGGGAUUAUGGACCAUGAAGAGGCACGCAGGAAACAUACUGGUGGGAAAAUUCUUGGAUACUUUUAUUAAUUCU